AUGAGUCAGUCAAACCAGGAGCUCGAGUGGGAGGCCGACCCUCAGCUGAAUGACAUGUAUCUGAUAUUGUUGGAUAUGAGGUUUACACUCCUCGACCACAAGAGUGAGAAGACAGGCACGCCCCCGAAUGACUGGUAUCAGGUAGAAGAAGUGUUCUUGCGGCCAGGUGCAGCCAAGCUUUUCGUUUAUCUUCUAGAUCAACAAGAAGCCGGCCUAUGCCGGAUUGGUUUAUGCAGCACGCUGUCGACGGACAACGCGGAUCGGGCUGCUUUGAAGUUUCUGGACGGAGCCACAUCAGGAACCUGGUUGAAAGAGGGCAGGGCGGUGCUGAAAGAUACUGGGUCCGAGCGCAGCGUCUGGUUAUUCGACGAGUCCUUCGGCGAGAAGAAUCCAGAGGCGGUCCAUGACCGUUCAAAGACGAACAUGCUCAUGAAAAACCUGGAGAUUGUCUUAUCCGAGGCGGAAAAACUGGAGCAGGAAAGACUGGGCAGCGUUGGGCCACGGUUCACCCGUAAACUGAUGCUGCACAUAGCAUGUGCUGACACGCAGCCCGGUGUGCAUCUGGACCCGGCGAGUGCUUCCAACCUGUUACGGGUUUCGAAGUGGUCGAUAAAAACCGGUGGUCCUGAUUGCGAGAUGCAGGUCUUGAUGGAUUAUCUGGACGGUUUAUUCUCAAACAGGCCCCGUGAUGUGAGGAAGUAUGUGCAAGACACAAAGUAUGAACACGCAUCGCCGUUGACGAAUCCUGAAUGUGACGGCAGCAGCAAAAUCUUUGCAGCGUCUUGA